UAGCAGAUAAAGCUAGAUUUCUGAAAAGCCAGCAUGAGGCCGGCCCUCGGGAAUGACUGCGGACACCCCUGAUCUAAUUGACGGCAAGUGGAUACAUUGGAACCAUCAACCAACCACCGAACACACACAAAGUUUCAGUAUACAAUAAAAAUUUAUUCCACUUCCAGGAUUUGCUUUGCAUACAAAUUCUAAACCAAAUGUGAGGAUGUCAUUUGACUUCCUUUCAAAGUAGUCAAAGCUCACUUGCUGCUGUUUUGCCUGCCUUUUUCCGGCUUUGUUUGGAAUGACAUUUACAAUUGUUGCUGUGUUGACAGCAAGAGACCCAAGGUGUUUGUUCCUAACAAAUCAGGUUUGUCCUGUUGUCCAAUCUACACAUCAACUGAUGCUCUUUUCAUUUUUUAUGUUUGUGUUUUUUUACAAAGCCGUUCAGUUGUAGAUUUCAGAGGGACUCUCGAGUAAGACUGUUGAGGAACAAGUUCAGACAUUUUAACAUUUAAAGAUCCACUCAAUUCCUGGAGGCCACAGUUUCAGAUCUGAAUCGGUCCAGAAUCGGAGGAAGAUUCUCCAUGAGACUGAAGGCAGAGUGCCUGCUUGAAAGGGAGAACCUCCACAUGUUUUCUGCUGCAGCAAAUGACUCAUCUGGCUCUUUUGGUCAUGUCACUCCCUCAACUUUACGAAAGCUCAAACAAUUCUGGCGCAGCUCUAUAGGGAAAUUAAGAAAUGAAAUAGUUUGGCCAUGACCUCAUAAGAAAACUGCUCAGAAUUUUACAGAUACAGUUACAAUAAACCUGGCAUGCAAAAUGUCCUGAAUAUUUAAACACUCUAACUACAAACUGGCUUUUUCUAGGACAAACAUCGUCAUGUUUCAACUUGACAUGAGGUCUUAUUUUUCACAAUGCUCGUGAUCUCACUUUAACACUAGCAGACAGUGAUGUAGCAUUUUCUUUCUAUUGGCUCUGCUGUGUCAGGAUUUCCUUUCUGGAUCCACUGUGACAUGAAACAUGUGAGUAGAUUUAAGACAGCCCCUCUGUCUUAUAUAAACUCAAACACGAGAAUUCUUCCAGUGCAGGCUAAGCAUCUCUGUGUCCAUUUAUUCUGCUCUACUUUGUAUGUAGGUCAUCUUUAGUGGACCAGCGAUGCUGCAGGAUGACAGUUAAACACCACUGUGGUGUUAUCAGGGGCAAAGAAGUACAGAGAGCAUGCUGAAAAAAUGUCUCAACAACACCAAAAAUAGUUAUUUCUUUGUGCUUAUGCAACUUUUGUUUUUAUCACGUGUUCAUAUUUAAGAUACACUGUCAGUUUGAGACCGUAGUAUGGUCAAUUCCCUGUCGAUGAGCUUUGAUUGGGUCUCCGAAAUGCCUUUGAAUGAGGUCUAAAUAAGAGGUUUGCAUGUGUCAUUUACUGCUGCAUCCCAAAGUACUAAAAUUGCUCACAGCUGCUCCUCCAGCUGAGGCAGAAGUGUCCUCUCAUGGUCUGUGGAUGAGCUAAAUCUCCACUGAUCUUUGCAAAUAACAGCCUGCAGACGGGCCACAGUUUGCCUCUACCAUGACACCCAGUGGUAAGUAGUGGCCUCGAGGUUAAAAGACAUACUGUAAUGAUAAUGCAGUUUGAAAACAUUUAUUUUCAUCCUUUGACAUAAUAUUUUUUACUAAAAAUAGUCAACUUUAACCUAAUAUUGAGAGUAAUAACAUUUUAUUUUUGUGGGGCAAGGUUUUUUUAAAUAAAUUCCAACAUUUAAGCCAUUCACUCCAAAUCACAAAACCUCCAAUAGAUUUUUAUAAAUCUAUUAUUCAUCAAUUGUACCACUCAUUUUACAUUUUAAAUAUGUUUUUUUUACAGCCAUCUACUGCGUUCACUUUAAAAGUUUGACCGAAUGAGUGGCCUGGUUUUCUUUCAUGGUAGAAAACAAUCAAUAAGUUUUAACCAGAGCAACAAUACCACGGACUGGAGAAACACAACAACUCCCACAGGGACGCAUUAUCUUUUUCAGCAUACGGUUCUUUUAUUUAAACCUUUUUUUAACAGAAAAAAAGAAUAAGGAAUCUCAGAGAUUCUGUGUCAAACUAAUCAACUUUUGUUCACAUGCCUGCAAGUGGCUGAAAAACAAAGAAAGGGAAUAAUCAUCUGAACGUAAGUUUGGACACUUUUACAAAUGGCCGCUGUAAAAAUUAAAACAGUUGGUACCUUCUCCACAUUGUUUUUUUUUUAUUUUUUAAAUGUUCUUCCUCUUGUGGUAUUGUAUGAUAAUGUGCAUGUUUCAUCUAUUUUAGGUGAAAUAUGGCAGCUGAUUUAGAUGUGGUGAACCUGUUUGUUAUUGCUGGAGGAACACUGGCUAUUCCCAUCCUGGCUUUUCUGGCCUCCUUCCUGCUCUGGCCAUCUGUACUCAUAAAAGUGUAUUACUGGUACUGGAGGAGAACUUUGGGUCUGCAGGUACGUUAUGCAGAUUGUGGAGGUUAUCGGUUCUGUUACUCCUACAGAGGAAAGCCUGGAUUAAGACCUUCUAUCUUAAUGCUCCAUGGAUUCUCAGCUCACAAAGACACAUGGCUGACUGUUGUCAAGUAUCUACCCAAACAUCUGCACAUUGUGUGUGUGGACAUGCCAGGCCAUGAAGGAACAACACGCACCAACACGGAUGAUUAUUCUAUUCAGGGGCAAGUCAGGAGGAUCCAUCAGUUUGUGGAAUCCAUUCACCUAAACAGGAAACCCUUUCAUCUGGUUGGAACCUCCAUGGGGGGAAAUGUUGGAGGAGUUUAUGCAGCUUGUUAUCCUUCAGAACUCUGCAGCAUGACUCUCAUUUGUCCAGACGGAAUAAGACAUCCGUGUGAGACCAAGUUUGACAAUCACUUACAGGACCUGGAGCACAGCAAUUACACCCUCAGCAUCCCACUGAUCCCUACUACACCAGAGGAGAUGGAGGACAUGUUCAGACUGUGCUCCCACGUUCGCUUCAGAAUUCCUCAGCAGAUUCUUCAAGGACUGGUAGAUGUCCGACUGCCUCACAACACGUUUUAUGAAGAAGUAUUUAUGGAGAUUGUUGGUGAGAAGUCAAGAUAUGCUUUACAAGAGCACCUGCAUCUCAUAACUGCUCCUCUACAAGUGAUUUGGGGUAAACAAGAUCAGGUGGUGGAUGUCUCUGGGGCAAGUGUUAUUGCAGAGCUGUUGCCUGGAUGCAGGGUAGACCUGCUGGAAAACUGUGGUCACUCUGUGGUUAUGGAGAAGCCUUGUCGGACAGCCAAACUCAUCCUCGAAUUCAUUAUCUUGCAGCAGAACGCCAGAGGUGGUACAAAGAAGUCAUCCUGAUCAAAAGAUAAAAAAAAGAAAA